UUAAUCUUUUAAACAUUCACAUGUGCAGUCACGCCAAUAUGUAAGAGAUAAUUAUUACUCGCGAGAUGAUCUCGAGAUUAUUUUUUAUCAGUCGUGAUCACAAAGUUACUACAUUAUUAUGCGAUGUAACGUUAAUAAGGUAAUAGAAUUUCGCUCUCAAUUGAAAUAAGCCACGAUGAUCAUGCGCAAGAGAGCGAGAUAGCAUAUGCGAAGACACGAUCCUAUUACCUACUUCUCGGGCUUGUAUGUGGUCGAAAUAGUCAACCAUGGAAUAGUAUAGCUACGGACUCCGAUAGUGCCGGGUGUUAUAUUUAAGUUUGGUGAUACCGCGAGUUUUCUUCGCAUUUUGCGAACGUUUAUUUCCGGUGAUCUUAAUAACUGUUGAUCAAUUUUGCUUAAUCUACUUUUGAUUUACUUUCAUCAUUUUCAUACUGAUCUAAACGGAGUGGCAGAAAAAUCACUCUUUUAUCUAUACGUGGGUAAAAGAUGUUUAUAGUAGAUCACAUGAAGCUGUCGCGUAGACUACUGGAGCAUUAGCCGCACAACAUCGUUCUACAUUAUAAAAUGGUUUGUAUAUCCACCAUGCUGAGGGAAAAGUUUAACGCACUCCUCAAUGCAAUUUUAGCGUCCGAGUUUUGCUCUGGCAACCGGCCGCGAGAAUGAUGUAUAACACAUCGUGUUGUACUACUUAAAGCUUUGUCAGAAAGAGCUUAAAAUUUUCAAAAUUUAAAACUUCGAGAGUUUUAAAAACUUUUGAAAUUUAUUGAAGUGAAUAUUGAACGUGGAAAAUUUUUUUAAUUCGUUUAAUAACGCUAAAAUGUGCAAUAUCAUAGAUAAAGUGAACAAAUGUCUAAAAUGUAGCUAAAUGAAAUACAUACGUCAAUGCAUUUAGAUUACGUGCAUUUUAAAAAUCAUGGAACUCAAACACGAAUCUGUAUGCAUUACUGACAACUCUUAAACUGUCAGUGAUCCAUUCGACAGUUGCUUUCAGCAGAGAUCGAGAGAACCUUAAAGUACGCUGGCACAGCGAGGCGCAAAGUAUCUAAAUAUACCAUGGCUAUGUGUAUACAUACUGCAUCACCGUAUAGCAUGUUUAGAUCGUUGAGAAUAGCGGGGCAAUAACGCUAAUGUAACGGCAACAAUACGUAAAAGCAAAUUUAGCAUUGAUUUAUACCAGUAGAAACUUUUUCUAAUUAAACGAAAAUUAUGAAAAACUGUGGAACUGUUUAACAUCCUCUGUGUUCUUCCAUUUAUUGCCACUGUUAUGUAUCUAAAACUAUUGUUCUCUUUCAGAAUGGCCAAGAAAUGCUAUUUUUGUACGUCACUGUUGCAUUUAUGCCCAACAUCUUGGGAUUUCCAAAGAAAAUUCCUAUCGGGGGUUUAUUCGAUAGCGACGAGAUGAUUCAAAAAGCGUUCGAGAUGUCAGUCGAAGCGGUGAACAGAAACAUUACUACCUUCGAACAAGCCAUGAACGUAUCAUUAAUAUCCAAAUCCGAGAAAGUCAACAAGGAUACAUUCCAUGUAGCAAACAUAGCGUGCGAGUUGUUAAGUAGCAAAGUGGCUGGAAUAUUCGGUCCUCAGGAUAAAUCGACGGCAAGUCAUAUUCAAAGUAUGUGCGAUACUUUGGACAUACCUCAUAUUGCUGCCAGAUGGGAUCCCAAACCGAAACGUGGUAAUACGAUAAACCUGUAUCCACAUCCGGACAAACUCUCUAUGGUUUUUUAUGAUCUAGUAAAGGAGUAUAAGUGGAAGGAGUACGCAAUACUUUACGACAACACUGAUAGCCUGAUUCGCAUUAAUCGGCUACUAAAAUUGGCAAACGCAAAUACCGCGUCCGCGAUGGUGUUUCACUUGGGUAGCGGACCAAAUUUUAGGCAAGCCAUGAAAGAAGUCAAAAUGUCUGGCUACAGAAAUAUCAUAAUCGACUGCACGUACGAUAUUCUUGGCACUGUUCUCGAGCAGGCACAACAAGUUGGAAUAAUGUCAGAAAGGCAUAGAGUAAUUAUUACUUCUUUGGAUCUUCAAACUCUGGAUUUAGAACCGUACAAAUAUUCAGGAGUGAAUAUAACUGGCAUACGUUUAAUCGAUCCGGAAAGCUCCGUUGUACGACAUACACUUGAAUCUCAGCCUGUUAAAUGGAACUUGACGGACGGUUCCCACUUAAGGGUGGAAGCGGCACUCGCUUACGAUGCAGUGCAACUUUUCGCGAGUGGUUACACGCGACUACGCGACAGCAUCAAGGGAAACCUCAAGAAGCUAUUUUGCAACCGCAGGGAAACUUGGGGGCACGGCUUCAGCUUGAGUAAUUACAUGCGAAAUGAGCGAAUACAUGGAUUAACAGGCAUGAUAAAGUUUGAUACCGCAGGAUUCCGGAGCGAAUUCCAACUGGAUAUCGUAACUCUAAGUAAUAAAGGGUUGGAAAAGAUCGGAAAAUGGGAGACGAACCUUGGUAUACAUUGGAAAUCGGGAUAUAUAAUUUCUGAAGAAGAUGAAGAAAAAACAUUACGUGACACACAUUUUGUUGUCCUGAUAUCGUUAACAGAUCCGUACGGAAUGCUUAAGGAAUCAGCUUCUAUAUUGACUGGAAACGAUCGAUACGAGGGUUUUGCGGUCGAUAUAAUUCACGAAAUGAGCAAGAUCCUAGGAUUUAAUUACACCCUUGAAGUUCAGAUUGACAACGCGUAUGGAUCGUUAAACCCAAUGACGGGCAAGUGGGACGGCAUGAUAGCAAGACUACUAUCAGGCGAAGCAGAUUUAGCGAUCACGGAUUUGACGAUCACGUCAGAGAGAGAAAGCGCGGUGGAUUUUACAAGUCCGUUCAUGAAUUUAGGUAUAAGCGUUCUCUACAGAAAACCAACGAGCGCUCCUCCAAGCUUGCUGUCCUUCCUGGGGCCGUUCUCGAAGGAAGUUUGGCUGCACCUGAUCGCGGCGUACGUCGUCGUCGUGGCGGUGUUAUACAUUAUCGGCAGACUCUGUCCCAGAGAAUGGAAAAAUCCGUAUCCGUGCAUCAAAGAGCCGGAAGUAUUUGAAACACCCUUCACUUUGGAAGACACCCCGUUCCUCGUGAUUGGAGCUAUACUGAAGGCGCCUACCGGAUUAGCACCUGCAGGAAUUUCAACAAGAGCCUUGGCUGUUGCAUGGUGGUUCUUCGCUCUUAUCAUAACUUCGACUUAUCUGGCUAAUCUGGCAGCCGCAUUAGCUACAAAAUCCGUGGUAUGGCCCUUCGAGGUGGCGGAGCAGCUAGCUUAUCAACAUAAAAUUAAAUACGGCGCAAAGAAGAAAGGGUCAAGCCUCAACUUCUUCAAAGAUUCCUCGCAUGAACCGUACAUGAUUAUGUAUAAGUACAUGAUGGAUAAUGCUGACGAAGUGCUUCUGGAAACGAACGAGGACGGUGUGAGAAAGGUACAGCAAGAAAAUUACGCAUUUAUCAUGGAGUCCUCGACAAUCGAGUAUAACAAGCAGAGAAAAUGUAACAUAACGCAGGUCGGUGGUCUUUUGGACGCCAAGGGCUAUGGAAUAGCCAUGAGGAAAGGAGUGCCUUACCGCACGGAUCUGAGCGGCGCCGUAUUAAAGAUGCAAGAAAGCGGCAUGAUGAACGAGCUGCAGCUUAAAUGGUGGAAACAGAAGCGAGGUGGCAACGUGUGCGAAGAAAAACCGCCAGUCACGGUCGAACCAUUAAACUUUGAAGAUGUCGGUGGAGUGUUUCUAAUUAUGAUAAGUGGCGUUAUGUCGUCCUGGAUUUUCGCAGGAUUGUCGUUCCUGUGGAACAUUCGAAACAACGCGAUCAAACAUAACGUGUCUUAUAAAGAAGAAUUUCUAGAGGAGUUAAAAUUCUUAGCCAAAUGCACUAGGAAGAAGAUCGUCAAGAGAUGUUCCAUCGAGACACUUAAAAGCGAUAACACUGAUUUCUAACAAGUGCCAAGAGUUGUAUCUCUCUGCGGACAGCAAGUCUUAUGUGUAAAAGAGAAAUUAAUCCCAAUAAGACAGAAGUUACCAAAAAGUUUUCUCGGUUAUAACGUUAUUUAUAGAACACGAUACUUUGUCGGCUUAACAACCCUAAGGCAAGGUAAUGAAAACCGGAAAACGUCACGCAAGUUCUACGAAUGCAAGAAGUUUCAUGCAAGUUUCAAGAGACACAAUCAUAUCUCGAGCUAAGUGUCACGCGCAGCAAUGUGGCUGAUGUGCGUCUGUCCGACGCGAACUGCCCAGCUAUAACAAUAAGAAUCUCUUAGUAGAGAAUAAGAAAUCCGUAGUUUGAGAAUUAUAAAUUCUUAAGUUAACAACAGCAGAAGAAGAAAAUUUGUCACAUCUCUUGUGUCGAAAAGUGAGAAAUGAUAUUUUGGAAUUGUGAUUAAAAAUUGCGAAGGAAAGCGAAUUUUUAUCAUAUUUCUCAUGGUAAUAGACAAUACUAAAUAUUAUUAAACAGACAAAUAGACAAAAUUAAAAUUUGAAAUAAUCAAACGAAUAAAUAUAUAGCGCGCGCGCACACACACACAAGUUGAUAUCCUGAUAUUUGUAGAUAUUUAUGCAGUCAGGUACGACUGGCGUUUUGUCCAUUUUACAUGGGGCAUCAUUUUGUUAUAAAUACAAUGUACAUCCGUGGGUAUAGUCAUCCGUGCGUGAUCGAGGCAACAAAGAUCCGGUGGGAAGAUACGCGCAGCGGCGCAUAAUCGCUGCUGGAUAUCCUCGAACGAACGCGGGAUCUGCUCUCCGGCUGUUAAACGAUCAAAGUCGCGCACUCUCCGCCGGGAAUUCGCCUCCGGUUUGCGAGAGAGUCGCACGGUUCGACCGAUGACACAGACCCUCAGGAAUCUCCGAGCGCUACGUCGGAGAGGGACAGCGUCCGAUGGAGAACCGCGGACAGCGGUGCGCGCAUCCCCGCGAGAGACACAUCUCCGUCGGCCACGUUAUUCAAAGGCGCAGCAUCCGGCCGGGUCCGCUGCGGAUGAGCUGCGCGGGUGGGGAAACGCGCCCCGCUCGCAAGAUAGUAUUAAAAGGCCAUUAAGCGGCACGACAUGACGUACGGCUUUGUGCACGCGUGCACGAAGCCGAGAAGAAUCGCCGGCAAACGAAAGUUCUACCUGCCUGCUUGCCUGCCUGCUUGCCACUCGCCCCCCCUCGCCCUGCAUCAGGAAGAAGGCAUCCAGGAUACGUGUGUAGCAACAAGGAGAAAAAUGAGAGGAGGAAAGAGAGGCGUAAUAUCUCAUAUACAUGUAUGUUUUAAUUUUUUUCUACUUUGCACCACGAAUUUCAAUAUUUACUUUUGCAUCGUUAACAUCGAGUAGACGCUUUUCUUGAAAUAGUCUUUUGAUAAUAAGUACCUAUAGGAGAUCAGCUGUUUACCUGAAACAGUUUGGAAAAUGUUGCUCUUCCUUGAACUUCAAGUAAUCUUUAACGAAACUUAAUUUCAUUCGAAAGUUGGCGAUAAGCGUAUCUAAAAGUUUCGAUAUUGCAAAGUUAGAAAAUGCAACGUAUAAGACAAAAUUUUUGUUCAGAAGGAAAACACAAAGUUUGGAUAAUCCCGGUGCCAAUAUCACACCAUCACCGUCGGUUAAUAAAACCUUAAAUAAAUUCGCGAAAUAUAUUUCAAACACGUUCUUUUUUGUUUCGUUCACUUGGUCCUUCAGGUAUAGUUCACUGCGAAAUCUCAUCACGGCAUGGCACGACUCGACAUGUUAAGGACUCUAUACCGAAAUGCUGAACGAAACGCGCACGUUCGUUGGAUCAUUAAUCGUCGUUAUCACGACGACAAAGCGAAAUUAGUGGCCGCGCCUAGCACGGCUGAGGAAAAUUAGGGAAGAUUAACGUGCAUUACCUGCGUUCCGUUACACACGUCUACGGUACGGUAGAAUGAUACGAGGCGUGAUACGAGGUGCAAAUAUAUACUUCGCGCGUGAAUCUUAAUGUUCACGGGUCUACACUUUCGAUGCGUCACCUUGUGCUUAGUUUUACUGGUAGCUUUAUUUAUACCAGCGUAUUGUCUCACUUAAUUGCCGGCACUCUCAUUCGCACCAAUGAGACCGCGGAUGCAUCCAAAUUAUCCGGUUCUUUAUUUAUAUAUUUCAAAUCGUUUACCUUUUUACUUAAUUAUGCGCAUUCAAACGUGCUAUCUCGUCUACGAUCAACAUUUUUUUCUGCACGACGCAAGAUUCCAACUUCAAUUUACCGAAUUUCGACGGCUGGAUGCAUUUUGUAUUCCAAUAGGAGUAAUAAACUAUUGUAGUUAGCCAAGACAUGACAGAAACUCAUGAAUAUUCUUCCUUUGUUAUAACCCUAGUGUUUUCCCUCUUCUCUAUUCAUAACUGCAUGCAAUUAAAUAGCAAUUUAACUCACUAAUUACAACUUAACUCUCUGUUAUAACAGCGCAGACUACCAGUUAUUAAAUAACGACAAAUAUUAAGUAAAGUAUUAGCAUGAAAAUAGCUUAUGUAACAAGUUGAAUGGAUUUUCAGGAGUGCCGGCAGCAAACGACACAGGCCAGAUUCAUGCAUGUGGAUAGUCACAAACCGUUCUAAAAUUCAAUUCCAAUUCCAUUGCAAUAAAAUAGAAUAAAAAGCACUCGAAUGUAAC